CGAAGGCUUGUAAAUUCCGUUCGAUAGAAGUUUCAUUUUCAUUUUUUUUAAAGUAAAUUGCCUUUCACUACCCCCGAGUAACCCUCUGUUCCGCGUGACCAUGCCAUACAUCUACGAGCUGGAGCUGAUUGUGGAGCAGUUGGAGAUUUUUCCGGCCAAAGAAGACACCGGAUCGCUCGAUGGAAACCGACCGCAACUGUGCGUCCGGUUGCAGUUGCCCGGUGCGGUCCUGUGUGAGGUUUGUGAGAAGGAUUUUGGUUCAGCACUGGCCGUCGAUGGUCACCGGACCGGUGAGAACUGUCUGUUCGUCUACGAGCCAUCGGUCGGCAUCGAUGGCGGUCCAUCACGGUUUCUUGUGUCCGCACAUCAACGGUGUUCCGAGGGAGGCCGCAAAGAGCUCGGUUCGUGUGAAGGUCCCGCUGUAGAGAUGCUCCAGAGCUUGGCCACGGCCUACCAAGCGAACCAGCCGCCUCAAGUGGCCUCUAAAGAGUCAAUCCGAUCCGUGGAACGAACCGGUAGCAAUCGUCCCGUCUCCUACACCAUCAAAGAGCUCUAUCCACUAAGGACACCAGAAGAAGGGCUCGAAAGCGAGGAAGAGGCAACGGUUAUCGGGUAUGCGGUGCUCACAAUCCGGCUCUCCUGUCUCGGCCACUCGAUCAACCGGAAGGUGCUGUUUGCUGAACCCUUGGCGAAUCACGAUCGCCUGGAGAAUGCCGCCUGUUACAUGCUGAACGCCGAUGAACCACUCGUCAAGUGCGUCAAGCUGGGCGAUCGGGAUGAGCUACGGGCACAGCUGGCAGGUCCCGUCCCCAGUCUGAUGAGUGUGAACGAGGAAUUGGUGACCGGUGAACCGGAGCAACCGUAUGAUGAGUAUUCCGCGGAAAUGAACGGUAAUGCGAUCAGCAUUCGGAUCGCAAAGGAUGCAAACAUCGCAAUCAGCAUGGAGGGUGAAGAAAGUGAACGUGGCUGCACCAAGGGAUGCUGGACCUCACUCACCCUUCCGAGCGGUGUAUACGGACUGAAGGAGGAGUACAUCCGGCAGCAGGCCAACGGAUGCAAGCUACCGGUCAUCCGGGGCACGCUCAAGUAUCCGGCGCAUCACUGGUCGGGUGAUUUUAUGCUCGCCAAACGCACCACGCCCGUUACGAUCGAGGACUUUCGGCGGAAACCGACAGACGUUGAGCGAUCGCGCACGGUUGGACUGCAAGCGUGCGCCUCCGAGGGAAACUGUGGUGAGGUGGAGGUGUUCCGGCGUCCCUCCAACGAUCCGCUUGUCGAUGUGUUUGUGUUCAAGUUCGGGAAGGGUAAGCGCUGUUCGGUAGGUGGCCAGAACCAGAUCGAGGUAGAGCUCCGAACGCCCAAAUGUCCUUCGCGUGAGGUACACCCGAAGGUGACACGUGCCAUUCAGGUGCUGGAGGAAGAAUUUGACGCAGCAAAAGUGGGAGAGCAGUGCUCCGCUAAUCGAACCGGAAAGGAGAAGCCACCAUUGGCCACCGGUGCCGGUGAUGGUGGAAAUGGCAAGGGAAAGAAGGCGCCUUCCAAAAUUCCGGCCAAAAAGGGAAAAAUGAAGUGAUGCGUUUCCGGCGGAGGAUGCAUUUCAGAGUGUUGCAUAAUCCGUAGCUAGCUGGCUGGCCAGCUGGCUGGCUAAGCCACCGCUCUAACCCCGAUCGACGGGUGCAAUCAAGCGCACCGAGAUCCGGACAUGGCAUUUGGUGUGUGGCAGCGACCGGGGGAAGUCGGAGAGGGCCGAACGGGGUAAUAAAUCUUGGAGAAAGUU